CUCGUUCUUUCCUUUCCCUUCUCUUUCCACAUCUCUCUCUCUCUCUCUCUUCCCUUUUCUCGCUACAGGAAGCUUCUAGAAUUACCAGAAAAAUGCUCACACCUUUAGCAUCGCGCUUCUCUCUCUAAUCUUCAACAUCCACCAGAUCUGCUUCAAUUCCUUCAUAUACACACUUGUCGAUUUGGUGGAUCGCGAUGGCUCCGCCUCCGCCUCCGCCUCCGGGAGAGCAGAACGGUGGAGAAUCAAUGGCCGGCGAUGCGUCCAGAUCUCUUCCGACGCCGUUUCUAACCAAAACGUACCAGCUCGUCGAUGACAGCACCAUCGACGACGUGAUCUCGUGGAACGAAGAUGGAUCUACGUUCAUCGUCUGGAAUCCGACCGAAUUCGCCAGCGAUUUGCUUCCAAAGUAUUUCAAACACAACAAUUUCUCCAGUUUUGUUCGUCAACUCAACACCUACGGAUUUCGGAAGGUCGUUCCUGAUCGAUGGGAAUUCUCGAACGAAUGCUUCCGUAGAGGUGAAAAACGGCUUCUAUGCGAUAUACAGCGUCGGAAAGUUCCGACACCAGCCACCGGCGCCGCCGUCACCGUCGCGGCGGUGCCCGUGACAGUCGCCGGGGUAGCAGCACCGUCGAAUUCAGGAGAGGAACAAGUGAUCUCAUCUAAUUCAUCUCCGGCGGCGACACCUAUGCUCUGUCGCGAGACGAGCCCCGGCACUACCGCCGAGCUCAUCGACGAGAACGAGAAGCUAAGGAAAGAGAAUAUGCAACUCAAUACAGAGUUGAAUAAGAUGAAGAAUUUGUGCGACAACAUCUACGCUUUGAUGUCGAACUACGCGAUUAAUCGGCCGGAAAUCGGUUCUCCGGCGGAGAAUCCGCUCGAUCUGUUUCCGCCGGCGAAGCGGUUAAGCGAAGAACCUCCCGUCGGCGCCGCCGGAAACAACCAGUCGAAGAAGGCGGAGGACGAAGCUAGGCCGAGAUUGUUCGGUGUUCCGAUUGGUGCGAAGCGGUUGAGGGAAUGUGAAGGUGAGGCGGCGGAGCAGCAAAAAGAGCUGCGCCUACAACUCGGCGGGACGGAGGUGAAAUCAGAGCCGUUGGAUCAUAUGGACGGUGGAGAUAAUCAAGAGAUCGUGUGGCUAAGACAGUGCCAAAGGGUUAAUCAGAGGGUGUGUAAUUGAUUUUGUUUGUAGGUGGAGAUUAUUAUUAUCUAUCUAUUAGAAAGGUGUAGAAAGAAAGGGUUCGCAUGAGGAGAGGCACGUGCCAAAUGGGUCACAUGCUUCGGAAACCUUUUUUGUGGGCCAAUUUCAGAAGCUUCUUGGACUUCUUUGUUUUUUUUUUUUUUUUCUAAGAUUUUCAGGGAAGAAAAAAGGACUCGUUUAUGCUAAGUGGUGAAUGACUAGUUCCAGAGGCUUAACUUUUUAAAUGAAUGUUUGUUAUUGGUAGUAUGGUUGGUGUUUGCGGUUUCCUAUAAUGGUUAAAUUGUAACUCAUUUGUAAUGUUUAA